AUGGAUGAGGGAUUCUCGUCCUUGAUUCUCGCGACGAGCUCAUUGGACAAGAGAGUGGCGGCAAUUGAGACCAUGUUGGUCACGCGUGGAGCUUCAAGCUCGGGAUUGGGAAACCAAGGUUCAUAUCAGAUUCGGACAUUCGACAAGAUCUUCGAAGUAACGGAUUGUCCAGGGGAGCAUCAAGUCAAGUUGGCAUCAUUUUACCUUCGGCAUGAGGCCGACUCGUGGUGGGCACAGGAAGGGCCGGGACCAGGUGUGGACUGGCCAGUCUUAAAAGCCAAACUGAGAGAGCGUUUCUACCCCAAACAUAUCCGAGCAGCCAUGAACGAAGAAUUCCUGCACCUAAGGCAAGUGAACGCCAUAGUGGAAGAAUACUAUAAGUGGUUCCUAGAGUUGACUCGCUUCGCAAGUGGGUUGGUACCUACAGAAAUCAUCAAAGUAGAAAGGUUUGUUACCGGGCUCAACUUCGAAGGCAGAAAAGCCUUGACCGUGAGCAAACCAAGGACACUUGAGGAAGUCUACACCAAGGCGGCCGAUCUCCAACGAGUACAUCAUAAUCCGCCGAGAACACCUGAGGCACACAAGAGGAAAGUCGAAGGAAGCCCCAUAAUCCCUCCACAGAAACUAAAAGCCGCCAGGGCCUCUUCACCUCAAGGUCGGGGAAAGUCGACGGCGCAAGACUCCGAAGGUGUGACGGAAAUCGCCCGGGGAAGGAUCCUUGCUAAGAGUAGGGCCUGA